UGCCAAUGGAUAAUUCACUGAAAAAUAUUGAAAAAGAUGAUAGCUCAGAUAAAGUUACCAUAAAGGUUAAGGUUGAAAAUGAUGGAUAUCAUGAUAUCGUAAUAGAUUGGUCGGAUGGCAGUUCUCCAUACAAAGAUCAGCAAGUUAUUAACCAGCUUUCGACGAUAAUCGGAAUUCCAGUCGAAUUAAUCUGGCUGACUUGGUUAGUUUAUGCGCCUAAUAAUCAUUUUGAUUUACAUAAUAUUGAACAUAAAUCAUUCAAUCCUCGGUUUUAUGAACAUGAUGCACCUGAUGAAGAUGAGCCUGAUUUAAUGCCAUAUUUCUUCACCAGAGAGAACUGUUUAGGAAGGUUGAAUGAUGGUGAUCGCUUUGUCUUGCAAACUGCUUUGGGUUGGGACCGAGAUGCCUGUUUGAAUCUAUGGAUAUAUUUGUAUAGCCUUGACUGUGAGCUUUACAAUGAAAACAAUUGUACUGACAACUAUUGUCAUUAUUCAAAUACGAGAGCUUUUAUCGAUAGAAGAGUUUCAGUUGCUACAAACACUGAGUUACAAAUGAUAUUACGAGCAAGGUAUGCAGAAUUACCUACUAUUUUAGACGGUGCCUCAUCCUUGGAAAGAAGGAGAAUCUUGAGAGAGUUGGACAUCAAGGCGUUCUUUUGGGGGCAGCAUUUUUGUAUUAGUAGAUCGAGAUUCCAUGACCGACAUGGGUCUCCCUAUUCACGAACUCGAGGUUAACUUUUAUUGAUAUUUUAUCUUCAUGUGAAAAUGGACGAUUACUCUUGGCUCCAGGAAACGAAACAUGGUGCUUAUCAUAAAUAACAUGCUCGCCGAAAUUCCAAUCUCUUAUUAAUGAAAAAGCAGAUUGUAAGCAUUGUAAUCAUGUUUUAUGAUUUUAAGUAUAAUAUAAAUAUAAAACAUAUCACAUAAUUUUUUCAACUGAAUAUUGGUUUGACUACUUUGUUCCAUUCAAUGUCCCAUGAAAAUUAAUUUCUCGAUGAUAACAGAUUUUUAUUCAUAUUUUCAAAUCAGUUUGAGGUGGAGUUAACAAUUUUUGAAGCAUAAUUGCCAAUUCUUUAGAAUCUCUGAGAAUUUUUCGAUUAUUAUUAUCGAAGUUUAUUAUCCAUUGACCAGUCAUUUAACAGUUAAUAGAUUCGAAAAUCAAUUGAUAUCUCAUUUAAUAUGUGGACUGGCAGUCGAUGCAUGGUAUUUUAUAUUCAUUUCUUGUAUUUAUUGGCCUUUUUAUACAACAUUUGCGUUUAUUUCCGUGCUUCUUAUGGUAUUAUUGGUAUUUUGCUACUAAAAAUUUUCCACGUCCUUUCAAUCAUGAGAAAAACAAAAUUUUGUCUUUUACUUUUUUUUUGGAUUUCUGUACUUCUAUUCGUUAUCGCUCUUUUUCUUGCGGUAUCUGUUCCAUUUGCAGGUUUUUUUACUGAAUACGAGUCGUCUGAUUACCUGAAAACUUUGGGACUUUUCGUUGAAACAAUCACCAAUGCUGAAAAAUUCACCAGUUCAAAGCUAACAGGAAUUUACAUUGUAGUCAGUGGCUAUCUCUUCAUGGAUGUUUAUUUCCAAGCUAUUUUUCUGUCCGAAUCCGAAUUGGAAAGUCCAAUUAUCAGAGUCACAUAACUAUUUAUACUCUGUUUUUAUAAGCAUUCAUCUGUUGAUUAAAUAAAUUUCAUUGAUUUGAAUCGUCAA